AUGGAUCCAGAACCACGGCCAACGUUUGCAGGCAUUCUGAAUUUAACAGCUGAACAUGCUAUUGAAGAAAGUGGAUUUCUUGGAACUCGUCGUGGAUGGACAAAUAUUCGUUGGUAUGAAUAUACAUUUCUUGCUCUUGGUCUAUUAGCUGCAUUUGUUACCGAUGGUUUAACCAUUGCUCGUAUUGUUCAAUCAGAUCCUUCAAAUGAUCCAGAUUUUGCUUAUGGUAUUCUUAUUCUUGUUCAUUCAAUAUUUCUUCUUAUAUUUCUAAUAACUGGCAUUUUCUAUCAACGUCUAACUGAUAUUGUGGCUUUCUUUCUCAGUUCUGUUUUAUUAACUAUUUAUGUUAUUGCACAUUUUAUUGCUAAAAUAACUCACAACAAUGACGGGCAAAGUACUCAGGCUAAAAUUCGUCUAGCUCGACUUAUAUUUACGAUUACUUUCAAUCUAUGUUUUAUUCCACUUGCUGUUAUGGUAAUAAAAGAUUAUCGACGAGACGAAUUUUCGAAACGGCUUUUCGGGGUUUUUCCUGCAGCACGUCGUCCACUUAAGAUUUAUAGUAUAUUCGAUUGCGUAGUACGCAUAAAUACAAUGCUUUCGAUUUCAUCAUUAUUACUUAACUUAUAUAAUGUUACUGGCUAUGAAACAGUUGAUCGAGUUCUACUCAUUAUUGGCAUUCCUCUAACAUUACUAUGGCUAGGCAUGGGUAUUGGUAUGGCUCGUCUAGAAAACUAUAUGUUGGUUUUUAUCUUUUAUAUAUUUUCACUUUUUCAAUUCGGAUUUUUGGGUUAUGGUCUCUAUACGGCUAUUCAAUAUUCGAGACAAAUAUCACGCCGGCCAACCCCAUCGUUGACAACAACAAAAGCAACAAUGAUUAAUCUGGUGCCUGUGCUUCAAGUAUUUUAUGUCUGCAUAUCAUUUAAUCUGCUUACACAUAUAUUAUCAAUGGGAAUGGGAUUCUGGUGUACAAGACACUUUAAACAGGGUCUCAAAGAAAAAGUAUUUAAUAAUAAAAUUGACAAAUGGAUUCAAACACGAUGGUCGCAAAAUUAG